CUCCAUUAUUCACCAGUGAGUUAUUAUUUAGUUAUAUAUAAUAAUAAUGGGGAAGAAAAAACAAAAGGUAGUAUUACCACCAGAGCUGCCACCAGAAGUUCCUGAUGAUGAAAUUCAAGUCUCUGAUGAAGAUUUGGACUUUGUUAAUAGUAACCGAGAUUAUGCCGGUUUCGUAGCCAAACUCGACACCCGAACCAUUACUAGGCAUGUGAACCGAGUUGCUGAUGCGAAAGAAGAUGCUGUGGAGGAUGAGUAUGCGAGACGUUUGGAGAAGAAAAAAAAAGCUAAUAAGAAUAAUAAUAACCAACAUGAAGUUGAUCCUGUAGAUGCUCUCCCUGUUAAAACCUUAGACGGAGAAGUCUACUACAGGAAAGCUUUCGUAAAACCAAGUCCUAAGGAUGAAGCGGUGGAUGAAAAUGAAGAUGUAGCCCCAAACAAUGGUGUUCUGAAGUUGACAAAAGCGGAAAAACGGGCGAAGUUUAAGAAAUUGAGAAAAGAAGCAAAAAAACAAGGAAAAGAUGUGAUAGAAACAGAGGAAGUGCAACCAAGCUCUCAAGCUGAAGUUUUGGCUGAGGUUGAAAAGGAUCUGUCAGCUGAAGAAUCCAAUGAGAAGAAGAAAUUUAGGCUUGCUGAGAUCGGAACAUCAAUGCUGAUGGAUCCUGAAGGCAACAUUAAAAAUUUAAAAGAGAUGUUGCAAAUUUGUAAAGAAGGAGAUCAAGAUAUAUUAAUACUUGGUCUGAAGUCUUUGUUAGCUGUUUUCAAGGACAUCAUCCCUGGAAGCCGUAUUAGGCUACCUACGGAAAAGGAGCUAGCGAUGGUUGUGUCCAAGGACGUCAAGAAGACUCGGUUCUACGAGUCCACACUCCUAACUGUGUACAAGUUAUACAUCCAGAAGCUGAUGUCAUUGGAAAAGGUAUAUAAUUUCAAGCGUGUGGCUAUCCGUUGCAUUUGCACUCUUUUAGAGGCGAAUCCACGUUUCAAUUUUCGUAAUACCUUGCUGGAAGCUGUCAUAAGAAAUAUAAGUUCUACAGACGAUGUCAUAAGAAAACUCUGCUGUAACACUAUGAAAUCACUUUUUACAAAUGAGGGAAAACAUGGAGGUGAAGUCACAGUAGAGGCUGUUCAGCUUAUUGCUAAUCUCGUGAAAGACCAUGAUUGUCAAUUACAUCCUGAUUCUGUUGAGGUUUUCUCGUCUCUAACGUUUGAUGAAGAUCUUAGAAAGCCUCAAACUGCAAAGCCAGACAAUAAGAAGUUAAAAAAGAAGUUCUAUAAGUCAGGAAGAAGAAACGAGGAAAUAAAACAAGGUCCAGCCCAUGAUAGAAAGAAAGAGAAACAGGAAAUGGUGUCGAAGACGCGAGAGGAGGUCAAAGCUGAAUUCAUGGCUGCAUCAUUGGCCCAAGAUGUAAUGGAAAAGAGAAGGAUACAGUCUGAUACUCUGUCUUCUGUAUUCCAAACAUACUUUCGUAUAUUGAAGCAUACUAUGCUUCAGGGAUCUGGGGAAAACGUAUCAUUUGCUGGUCCAUUCGGGGAUCACCCACUUCUUGGUCCGUGUUUGAAUGGAAUUGGGAAAUUUUCUCAUUUGAUAGAUAUGGAUUUCAUGCCUGAUCUAAUGAACUAUCUGAGAAGGCUCGCUGGAGGAAGUAGUGACGCCAAAAAUCCGUCUGAGAAUGUUUCAAGUCAUUUGACUGUCUCUGAACGUCUAAGGUGCUGCAUUGUUGCUUUCAAAGUGAUGAAGAGCAACCUUGAUGCAUUAAAUGUUGAUUUACAGGACUUCUAUAUUCAACUUUACAAUCUCAUACUUGAUUACAGACCUGGGAGAGAUCAAGGAGAAGUUUUAGCAGAAGCAUUGAAGAUAAUGUUGUGUGAUGAUAGACAACAUGACAUGCAACGGGCUGCUGCAUUCAUUAAGCGUCUGGCUUCAUUCUCUUUGUGCUUUGGAGCUGCUGAAUCUAUGGCUGCCUUGGUUACUGUAAAGCAUCUCCUUCAGAAGAAUGUUAAAUGCCGUGAUCUCUUAGAAAACGAUCCUGGUGGUGGCUCACUUUCAGGAUCUGUCUCGAAAUAUCAGCCAUAUGCUACUGAUCCAAAUCUAAGUGGUGCAUUUGCAACCGUACUUUGGGAGCUUAGCCUUUUAUCAAAACAUUAUCAUCCGACUGUGUCAACAAUGGCAUCUGGGAUUUCAACAAUUACAAACGCUCAAGACCAGGUCUAUCGAGCACAUGUCUCUCCUCAGCAAGCUUUCAUGGACAUGUCACUUGACAAAGAGACAAGCACCCGAAAGACUGUUCUGAAGCAAUCUAGUAGCAGCAAGAGAAAGAGGGGUAAUAGGGCUCCACCACUACUGGCAGCAGAUGGAACAAACGAGGUUAUGGAGGAUGAGAAUGUAGUGAGGACCAAACUCUCUGAACAUUUUAUGCUUGUUAACGACAUGGAAGAAAACAAAAGAUUAAGACGUGAACUUGAACAAACUAAAGCAGGUCUACAGCUUUAUAAGCAAUACAAGAAGCAAAAGAAACAAAGAACCAAAUAGGUAUUUUGUAUCACAUGCAUAUGUAAUUUGUGCUCUAAAUUUUGUGAACAUUCGAGGUUAAGUUUGUUGUCAUUAGGGAAGCCCAAGUAGCUUAGUUUUGCAUCUGUCUGUUUCCGGCACAAAUUCAGUGACAAACUGGUGAAAGCUAUCAUUGAACCUGUCGCAUUUUUUUUUAUCCUAUUGAAAUACAUGAAAAAAAAUCCAUAGCACUUAUUUUUCA